UGCAGGCUCUGCAGCCGAAGAAAAGCAGCAGAAGCCGUUAGCUUCCAUUAACUAUGAUGUGGCUAGCUCAAUGCUAGCAAACUGAUACUAAUGCUUGUUUUGUCUGGUGGAAAUUUCUUCCCAUUGCUGACUCAAUAUGGGCAAGAGAGACAAUCGAGUGGCGUACAUCAACCCCAUUGCGGCUGCUCGAGCCAGGGGGCCAGUACAGAGUUCUGGACCAAGCAUACAGGAUUAUUUAAGUAGACCUCGACCAACAUGGGAGGAGCUAAAGGAGCAGCUGGAGAAGAAGAAAAAAGGCUCUCGAGCCCUGGCUGACUUUGAGGACAAAAUGAAUGAGAGAUGGAAGAAAGAGCUGGCAAAAAACAGAGAAAGAUUGCUAGGUGACAAAGAGAGAGACAAAAAAUCCAUGGACAAAGAAAAAGAGGAGAAGAAAGACAAAAAAGAGAAAAAGAAGAAAGAGAAGAAGAAAUCUAGCAGGCAUUCUUCAUCUUCCUCCUCCUUAUCGAGUUCUGAUUCCUCCAGCAGCUCUUCCUCAGAGUCAGAAGACGAGGAUGAAAAGAGGAGCAUAAAGAAAAAGAAGAAACGAAAGAAGUCUUCGGCCAGGAGAGCAUCUGACAGCUCAGAGGAAGAGUCGGAUGCUGAAAGCAAGAAAAAGAAACGAAUCAAAGUAGAAGGAGACAAAGAUAAGGAUGAAAAGGGGCGUCGAAGAAAACGGAAGGCGGAGAGAAGUCACAGAAACUCGUCCUCAGAGUCAUCGGGCGAUUCGGACGGGGAAGAGGCUGAAGCCAAGAAGAAAAAAAGAAGUAGUGAAGAGAAGGAGAAAUAUACAGAUAAGUCUAAGAAGAAGAGGAAAAAGAAGCACAAGAAACAUGGCAGAAAAAAGAAAAAGAAGGCAGCAUCUCAGUCGGACUCUGACCUCGACUAACCGCCGUAUUUGUACGGCUCUUACUCUCCUGACAGUUCACUACUAGUAUCAUUUUUGCCUCUGAGCACCAAAAACUUCUCCUCUGGUUUCAAUGAUCAUACUUGAAUGAGGAGACCAACAGACUGGUGAUGCUGGUGUGUGUGUUUGAAAUGAAGAUGAGGGAGACACCAUCCCUCCAUGUGGCACCUACCAGUACAUGUCUUUUGUUGUUCUUGUUUUUUUAUAUCAUGUUUUUUGUAGAUUAUUUUUUUGAGUUCAACUCACAAAGAGAACUGAGGUGAAUAUUUUUUAUUUUUGUUGGUCUCUCAUCUUGGACGUUACAGUGCGCCUGGCACUCAUUGCCACCUUGAGUAUGCUGGCCCUCCACGUUUUACCCAACAUCUUCCAUAGCUACACGAGGCUGUUAUGCUGCUGCCUGUGUCUUGCAUGUAGACUCGAUGACCUGAUGUCUCGCCAGCCUCAUAUUGAAGUUGGAUUUGUUAAAAGACAUGUUAGCUUUGCAGCUAAUGUGAAUUCAAGGGAGAUUUCUUAGAUGAGAUGUUACACUGCAGUGUAAAUGUAUAAACAGGAGUUCAUGAAUAAAGUAUUGUUUAAAACUUGA